UCCUCAUCUCCUCACCCCACUUUUUGGCUUUCAUAUUCUUGAGAUAUGGCUGGUGAGCAGCAUCUCUUAGCUACCGAGAUUGUGAACCGUGGAAUCGAAUCCUCCGGCCCUAAUGCUGGAUCCCAGACCUUUUCAGUGAGGGUCCGACGGAGGCUGCCGGACUUUGUCCAGUCUGUGAAUCUUAAGUAUGUGAAAUUGGGGUAUCAUUAUCUCAUUAACCAUGCCAUCUACUUGGCCACCAUCCCUGUCCUGGUGCUUGUCUUCAGCGCUGAGGUUGGGAGUCUCAGCAAGGAGGAGCUCUGGAAGAAGCUCUGGGAGGACGCCCGCUACGACCUCGCCACUGUCCUCGGUUUCUUCGGCGUCUUCGUCUUCACCCUCUCCGUUUACAUCAUGUCCCGCCCCCGCUCCAUCUACCUCAUUGACUUCGCAUGCUUCAAACCCCACGACGAUCUCAAGUUGUCGAAGCAGCAGCUGAUCGAAGCGGUUAGAAGAUCUGGAAAGCACGACGAGGCGAGCAUAGAGUUUCAGAAGAGAAUUCUAAUGUCAUCAGGCAUAGGAGACGAGACGUACAUCCCAAAGGCGGUGAUGGCCGGAGAGAACUGCGCGACGAUGAAAGAAGGACGAGCAGAGGCCGGGAUGGUGAUGUUCGGGGCACUGGACGAGCUCUUCGAGAAAACCAGAGUCCGGCCGAAGGACGUGGGGGUGCUGGUGGUGAACUGCAGCAUAUUCAAUCCAACUCCAUCACUCUCUGCAAUGAUCAUCAAUCACUACAAGAUGCGAGGCAACAUCCUGAGCUUCAAUUUGGGCGGAAUGGGGUGUAGUGCGGGAGUGAUAGCCUUGGAUCUGGCUCGCGACAUGCUCGAAUCGAAUCCGAACAACUACGCCGUAGUGGUGAGCACAGAGAUGGUGGGAUACAAUUGGUAUCCGGGAAAAGACCGGUCCAUGAUCAUACCCAACUGUUUCUUCCGCAUGGGCUGCUCUGCUCUGCUUCUCUCCAACCGCCGGCGUGACUACCGGCAUGCAAAGUACCGGCUCGAACACAUUGUUCGCACGCAUAAAGGUGCUGAUGACAGAAGCUUCAGGUGUGUUUACCAGGAAGAAGACUCAGAGAGGUUCAAGGGGCUGAGAGUGAGCAAAGACUUGAUCGAGAUAGGCGGGGACGCGCUCAAAACCAAUAUCACCACCUUGGGGCCUCUGGUGCUUCCCUUCUCUGAGCAGCUUCUCUUCUUCGCCACCCUGGUCUGGAGGAACCUCUUCGGCCACGGGGGCCCUCAGCAGCCGCCGACAAAGCCAUACAUCCCCGACUACAAGCUCGCAUUCGAGCACUUCUGCGUCCACGCCGCCAGCAAGACCGUGCUGGACGAGCUGCAGAGGAACUUGGGAUUGAGCGACAGCAACGUGGAGGCUUCGCGCAUGACCCUGCACCGCUUCGGCAACACUUCGAGCAGCAGCAUUUGGUACGAGUUGGCGUAUUUGGAAGCUAAGGAGAGGGUGAAAAGGGGAGACCGAGUCUGGCAAAUUUCAUUUGGGUCUGGGUUCAAGUGCAAUAGCCUUGUGUGGAGGGCUAUGCGCCGGGUGAAGAAGCCCUCAAGCAAUCCUUGGCUUGACUGCCUUGACAGAUACCCGGUGUACCAUUAAACCCUGCUAGUGUUUAAGUUGGAUUAGCUUAAAAAUAGUAUUUAUGCGUUGGGUUUUAUUGAAAAGGAUUUGAUAUUAUGGAAACAAUAUUUGAAAGGAGUGAAUGUUAAAAUCUAUGAUCAUGUCAUAGAAGUGAAGUGGUUUUUACAAGCUUAGAAUAAUGUUAUGAGAUGAUUAUUUAUGGGUGAUGAUAAAUGUACUCACCUAAUCUAUUUAAGCUCAUUUAUUUAAAUUUUAAAUAAAUAAAUAAAUGAAAGGGUAUAUUCUCUUUA